GUCAUCGAAAGGCGCCUGCCGUAUCUAAAUCGUCAAUUUUCCACAAAUCGUUAAUUAUUCUCCAAACACCAGGAAUCCGCCGCAAUAAUUACAUUAACGUCGAACCGCUGCGUUUUCUGUUUUAAAAUUGCUGGGCGGUACUGAAGUGAAAGCACCACUGAACCAACUGAGGCCAUUGAACUAACGGUCAGGGAUUGGCGCCAAAAUUUAAACUACUGGGAGGCUCCUGGAACUCCCCGAGUUGCAGUGAAAUUCCGGAUUUAGUUUAAUUUAAUACGGUGAAGGAAAAUGUAUAUAAAGUCCAUCAUCAUCGACGGCUUCAAGUCUUACGCGCAACGGACAGAGAUUAAUGGCUUCGAUCCGCUCUUUAAUGCCAUCACCGGCCUGAACGGCAGCGGCAAGUCCAACAUCUUAGACUCCAUCUGCUUCCUGCUCGGAAUCAGUAACUUGUCCCAGGUGCGAGCCAGCAACCUUCAGGAUUUGGUCUACAAAAAUGGGCAAGCAGGGAUUACAAAAGCCACUGUCUCAAUUACCUUUGAUAACUCUGACAAAAAACAAAGUCCUCUGGGCUUUGAGACACACGAUGAAAUUACUGUCUCGAGACAGGUGGUAAUUGGUGGGAGAAACAAGUACUUAAUUAAUGGUGUGAAUGCAAACAACACCAGAGUGCAAGAUCUCUUUUGUUCAAUCGGACUGAAUGUCAACAAUCCACAUUUCCUUAUCAUGCAGGGCCGUAUCACUAAAGUUCUGAAUAUGAAACCUCCGGAGAUCCUAUCUUUGAUUGAGGAAGCUGCAGGGACCAGAAUGUAUGAGUGUAAGAAGUUAGCGGCUGAGAAAACAAUUGAGAAAAAGGAGGCCAAGCUGAAAGAAAUUCAUACGAUUCUUGAAGAGGAAAUUACUCCAACUCUUCAAAAACUGAAGGAGGAAAGAUCCUCAUAUUUGGAAUUCCAGAAAAUAACGCGUGAGAUAGAGCAUCUUACCCGUCUGUACGUUGCAUACCAGUUUGUUUGUGCAGAGGAGACCAAGUUGCGUUCUGCUGAAGAUCUGAAGUCCAUGCAAGACAAUAUCACUAAACUUCAAGAAACCAAUGCAGAUUGUGAAAAGAAAGUGAAGGAAAUCAGCAAAGAAGUCAAUGAGUUGGAAAAAAUCCGAGAUGAGGAAGUUGGUGGAGUGCUUCAGUCCUUGGAAGAUGCAGUGGCUAAUGCUCAUCGUAUGGAUGCCAAAGUGCAAAGUACCUAUGAUUCCAAGAAAGACAACCUCAAAGCUGAAGAAAAGAAACAGAAAGCGCUUGUCAAAAGUAUGGAGGAGGAUGGUAAAGCUGUUAUAGCUAAGGAAAAAGAAGUGAAAAAGAUAUCAUCUGAACUGAACACUCUACAGGAAACUAGUCAGAAAGAUAACAAGGCUCUGGAAGCUGCUCAGCAACACUUCAAUGCAGUUUCUGCAGGUCUCUCCAGCAAUGAGGAUGGAGAGGCAGCCACACUUGCUGGUCAGAUGAUGGCUUGCAAGAAUGAUAUAAGCAAGGCAGAAACAGAAGCCAAGCAGGCUCAGAUGAAAUUGAAACAUACCCAGCAAGAAUUGAAGACCAAACAGGCAGAAGUGAAAAAGAUGGACAGUAGUUACAAGAAAAACCAGGAUGAUUUUGAAGCUGUUAAAAAGAGCAGAGAGAAACUAGAAGUAGAAAUGCGGAAACUGAAUUAUGAAGAUGGGAGAGAGGAGAAACUUUUGGACCAGCGCCAAGGACUGUCACGGAUGGUUAACAAACUGAGAGAGUCUUAUGAAGCUUUGAUGGCAAAGUUCCCUAGUUUGAAUUUUGAAUACAAGGAUCCUGAAAAAAAUUGGGACUCUAAUCGUGUGAAAGGUCUUGUUGCCACUCUUCUCUCUGUGAAAGAUAUCUCUACGGCAACAGCUCUAGAAGUGGUUGCUGGAGGUCGUCUGUAUAAUGUCGUGGUGGACACUGAGGUAACCGGCAAGAAACUGUUAGAAAAAGGGGAGCUUAAACGAAGAUACACCAUCAUACCACUCAACAAAAUUUCUGCUAAGUGUAUUAAUGAAAGUGUUGUUAAGACAGCCAAAAAUCUGGUGGGUGUGGACAAUGUGCACACAGCCUUGUCACUUGUUGGAUAUGAGCAUGAAUUAAAGAAGGCAAUGGAGUACGUUUUUGGGUCCGUGCUAGUAUGUGACUGCUUGGAUAAUGCCAAGAAGGUGACCUUUGAUCCUCGGAUAAUGACGAAGACAGUCACGAUUGGUGGAGAUACAUUUGACCCACAGGGAACGUUAAGUGGAGGUGCUCGUAUGCAGUCUGCGUCUGUGCUGGUUAAACUCCAAGAGCUGAAGGAUGUCCAGAAUGAGCUCAAAUCUAAACAAACUGAAUUGCAGCAAGUGGAUAAAGAGCUGGCAAGUCUCCAGAAUAUUGUUGAAAAAUACCGAGAGCUGAAACUGCAAUGCGAAUUAAAGUCUCAGGAGGAAGAAUUACUAUUAGUAAAGCUCCAGCAGAGCUCCUACCAUAAACAGCAGGAGGAGUUUGAAACCCUUCAAAAAACUAUUGGUGAGUGCGAAGAGACACUUAAAAAAACAAAAGAAGUUCAAAAGAAGGCUGAAGAAAAGUACAAGAUCUUGGAAAACAAGAUGAAAAAUGCAGAGUUUGAGAGGGAGAAAGAACUGAAGGAAGCUCAGAAAAAGCUUGAUGAUGCCAAAAAGAAGGCUGAUUUGUCCAAUAAGAAAACAAAAGGGAAACAACAGGAAGUGGAUGCCUUGGUUUUGGAACUGGAAGAGUUGAAGCGUGAACAGACUGCGUACAAACAGCAGAUUGAGGCUGUGGAUGAAGCCAUCAAAUCUUACAAAGAACAGAUUGAAAACAUGGCUGAAGAAGUGGCUAAUAAUAAGGAAGCCGUGAAGAAGGCUCAGAAUGAUCUGGCUAAACAAAAGGAAGCCAUAAAGUCUCAGAAUAAAGAAAUACAAAUCAAAACCAAUUCUAUAUCUGAGUUAGUGAAACAAAAAAAUGAAGCACAGUUGAAAAUUCAGGAAUUGGAGCACAACAUUAAUAAACAUAAAAAGGACACCGCUGAUGCUGCUGCUAAGGUGACCAAAAUGCUGAAGGAGUACGAGUGGAUUUCCUCUGAAAAACAUCUCUUUGGCCAGCCCAACACAGUCUAUGAUUUUAAAGCAAAUAAUCCUAAAGAAGCAGGCCAGCGGCUUCAGCAGUUACAGGAGAAGAAAGAUACACUGGGCAAAAAUGUGAAUGUGAGGGCAAUGAGCAUGCUAAGCCAAGCAGAGGAGCGGUACAAUGAUUUGAUGAAGAAAAAAAGGAUAGUUCAAAAUGACAAAGCAAAAAUUCUUUCAACUAUUGAAGAGCUGGAUAAAAAGAAAAAUGAAGCUCUCAAUGUUGCUUGGAAACAGGUAGACAAAGAUUUUGGCUCAAUUUUCUCCACAUUGCUUCCUGGAGCUAAUGCCAUGUUGGUACCUCCUGAAGGCAAGACCAUUCUAGAUGGAGUUGAAUUCAAAGUAGCUCUUGGAGAUGCCUGGAAGGACAACCUUACCGAGCUUAGUGGUGGUCAAAGGUCAUUGGUGGCUCUGUCUCUGAUCCUGGCUAUGUUGCUGUUUAAACCUGCUCCAAUUUACAUUCUGGAUGAAGUUGAUGCAGCGCUGGAUCUUUCUCAUACUCAGAACAUUGGGCAAAUGUUGCGAACACAUUUCCAGCACUCUCAGUUUAUCGUCGUAUCACUAAAGGAUGGCAUGUUCACCAAUGCUAAUGUCUUGUUCAAAACCAAAUUUGUGGAUGGCGUGUCAACAGUUACAAGAUUUGCUCAGAGUCAGAAUAGUUCAGUCACACUUAAUCACCUUCCAGGCCGAGCAGAUAAAGAUAAAACUAAAGAGAAGAGAAACAGACUUCAAAUAUAAUUCUGAAGCACUGACUGGCAUCUCUCAAAUGGCUAUAUUGAACUGUGCAUGCCAUCUCCUGUAUAUGUAAAACUGUACAGCAAAGUUACUUUUUGUUUUCUUUAUAUUUUUGCAUACUGUUUUGUGGCUGUUUUAAUAUUUCUAAUAAACUGCUUUUUCCUGCUAUAAUAAUGAAUACUUUUCCUGGAAGAUGAUGAACUUGCUUUUUAAAAAAAAACUGUGUAGUGUAUUUCUUGCAUCAAUGUUUCAAAACACUGACCAAAUAGAGGGACAAAUUAAAACAAAAUGUUUUUGAUUUAAGCUUAAAACUGUUAUGUUUUGUGUGACGGUAAAGGAAUUAUAUACAGUUA